UUGGAAAAUAGCCCUCAAAACUCGAAGAAUAAAAAAGGAGGCUGGUUCUUCUUCGGAAACACCGUACCAGCUCAGCUAAAACGACACUCUCUCUCCCUUCUCAGCUAAAACGACUCUCUCUCUCUCUCUCUCUCUCUCUAGACACACACACAACACUGGUAAUGGCUGUUUAUAGAUUGAGGUUGCUUUUAUCACUUAACAGAGGCAUCCAUGGACUGUGCACUCGCAAGUUUUGCUCAUCAACUGCUCCCUCCCAAAUUAAAAGAGUUGGAUUCAUAGGACUUGGAAACAUGGGAUCACGGAUGGCCGAUAACUUGUUUAAAGCCGGAUACAAUGUUGUGGUUCAUGAUAUUAACCAUGAUGUGAUGAGGGCAUUCUCCGAGAAAGGGUUUCUCGUGAAGAAUUCGCCUCUUGAAGUUGCUGAAGAAAGUGAUGCUGUAAUCACAAUGCUGCCAUCUUCUGCCCAUGUGAUGGACGUUUACACGGGACCAAAAGGGAUCCUUAAUCACGCAGAUCAGCUUAGGUCGUGGUUGUUCAUAGAUUCCUCAACAAUCGACCCUCAAACAUCCAGAAAACUGUCUGCAGCCGUUGCUACUUCUAGUUUGAAAGGUGGCUCUAGCACUCCUGCUAUGUUGGAUGCUCCUGUUUCCGGAGGUAUCGUAUCAGCUGAAAACGGAACUCUCACUUUCAUGGUUGGUGGUUCUGAGGAAGCUUAUAUGUCUGCGAGACCUUUGUUUCUCUCGAUGGGCAAAAACAUCAUACACUGCGGUGGUCCGGGAAAUGGUUCAGCGGCAAAGAUUUGCAACAAUUUGGCAAUGGCUGUGAGUAUGCUUGGGGUUUCGGAAGCUUAUUCACUUGGACAGUCAUUGGGCAUCGGAGCGACUACUUUGACUGAGAUAUUUAACUCUUCGAGUGCUCGAUGUUGGAGUAGCGAUACUUACAAUCCUGUGCCGGGAGUGAUGAAUGGGGUGCCGGCUUCUAGGAAUUACGAUGGAGGGUUUGCUACCAAACUGAUGGCUAAGGACUUAAACCUCGCAGCUACAUCAGCCAAAGAAGUCGGUGCAACAAGUCCGAUGACAUCUUCAGCACUACAGAUAUUCACAGAACUUUGUGACGGAGGCUAUGGAACGAAGGAUUUUUCUUGCGUCUUUCGCCAUUAUUUCCAUGGCAAGGACGAGGUUUAGUGUAGAGCACGAACGAGAAUCAAUGUACAAUUCAUCUCAAUUUUUUUUCUUAGGACUCCCCCCUCCCUCCCUUGCAUUAUGACUAUUUCUAUUUUGAUUAAUGUCUGUAAAUUAUCUAAUUUGUACAACAUAACCAUUUGUGCUUGUAUAAUAAAGUUAGUUUACGAAGGUAAAAUGCAAAA